AUGAAUAGCCAAAAUCACGGAGAGGAAAAUGCUGAUAGUCGAGGCGAGGAUUUGAAUGAGGAUGCGGUGAAGGCUGCCUCAAUUGACAACAAUGCCAACACUUGUACUCCAAGCAGUGGACAAGUCUGUGGCAACAUUGAUGCUGAAAGUGUGAAACGAACUGUGGCACAAUUGAAAACAAGUGUGAGUGAAAUCUCUCGUGUUAUAUGCAAUCAAGCGUCAACCGGUGAGGGGAGAAUUUUAAAGGAGAUUAAAGAUAUAAAAAUGCAAUUGUGUGAAAUACGUCGACAAUUAAAACGCCAAAAUAAUGAAGAUGAGGAAACAGAAGGUGAAGGUGCAAAUGAAACUAGUGCGGAGACGACUGAUACCAAUUUGGUUGGUAAUCCUACUUUGAGAAACAUUCAAGAAACGCUGAAGACACUUCAAUGCAAACUCGAUGCAAUUUCAUUGAAUGAGAUUAAUGAAACGCUGACUGCAGUGUUGGCUGAUGUGGACAAACUUUUGAGUUCACAAGACGACGGUGAAUGUAAGGUUAGUGAGGGUUGUACAGAAGAAGAUCGCUUAAAAUCGACAACUCAGUUGAACAAGGCUGUGGCAUGCCUUCAAAAACAAAUAAAAUGCAUUAAAUGUGAUGCAGUCAUUGAAGGCUGCGAUCUUGAAUCCAACCUACGUUCCAUGUUGACAAUAUUGAAUGAAGUGAUUACAACAAAUCGUCCAGACUCAAAUAAGUUAGGCAAACUUAAUAAGACGCUGAAGUUGUUGACGUGUGAAUUGAGUAGACAGGGUGGAAAAGGGGCUCAACUUGCUAAUGAGAUUGUUGAAUUGCAAAAUUCCAUGCAAAACAAUGAGGCGACAAAUGGCAAUUCCAACAACUCCGAUCACUGCUGUGCUGAUUUGUCGGAGACUGCACAGAUGGCUCACGUACUUGAACAACUUCAAAGUAUCAUUCAAUGCAGUCAACCAGACAUUGAAUUUCCAGACUGUGGAUUAGAGGCAAAUAUUUCAUUCCUGAUGGACAAAUUGGUGGAAAUUCUUCAAUCCGAUGAGUGUGAAUCCAAACCAUCAGAAAGGGUGACCCAAUUGGUGGCGUGUCUUGAAAGUGAAGUGUGCAAACAGUGUCCAUGUGAAUGCGAGAUUUUGGAGAAGAUUCACGCAGUUCAACGAAUGCUCACUCCACUGGAUCAGUGCUGUUCCAACAAAUUUGACAUUUACCAAACCAAUGUUAAUCAAUGCGGUGCUUCACUACAACCGACACCUGAAUUGUGCAACAUUGCAAAGCAACUGCAAAAUAUCAUCAAAUGUCUCAAACCGGAUGCCCAAUUUCCCUCUGGUGACUUACAUUCCACCAUAAUGUCCUUGUUGGAGAUGCUGAAGUCGAUCAUUCAGUGCGGCGAAUCGAGUGCAUCGGAGAGGAUAAUAACUAUUUUGAAGUGCCUGGAAAGGGAACUUUACAAACAAUGCGAAGCUGCUGCAGCACUUCUGGCCAAGGUGCGAGAGAUUCAACAACUACUAAACAGAGGAAAUGGUUGUGGAGGCUCCAAUCAACAACGCAAUAUCUUCCAAUGUGGUAGCGAUCAGUGCGGUAACGAUCAGUGUGGCAAUGACCAAGGUGGCAAUGAUCCAUGUGGUGCAUCUCUAAAGCCAACUCGUCUUCUAACCUCAAAAGUUCGGGAGAUUCGACAGUUGCUGAAUGGUGGAAUGAGUAGUGGAGCCUCAAAUCGACAAGCCGAGGCCAAUCAAUGCGGUGCCUCUCUGCAACCGACACCAGAGCUAUGCAACAUCUUAAAACAAUUACAAAAUCUCAUCAAAUGUCUCAAACCAGAUGCACAAUUCAGUGGUCGUGAUCUACAAUCGGCGAUUAUCUGCAUGCUACAAGUCCUGAAGACGAUCAUUCAAUCCGGCUGUGUGGAUCCUAGCGCAUUGGAGAGAAUAGGAAGUUUACUCAAGUGUUUGGAAAGUGAACUACUUAAACAAUGCGAAGCUGCAUCAGCUAUUCUUCCAAAGGUGCGUGAGAUUCAACAACUACUAAACAGAGGAAAUGGCUGUGAAGGCUCCAGUCAACAACGCAAUGCCUUCCAAUACGGUAAUGAUCAAUGCGGCACGUCCAUAAAGCCAUCGCGUCUUCUGACAUGUUUGAUUAAGCAUAUUCAAAAUGUCAUUCAUUGUGUGAAACCCGAUUUACAAGUUCCAAGCAGUGACUUGGAGUCAACUCUCCUGUUCCUGCUUAAUCAGUUGAAGGAAAUUAUUCAAUCAGGUUGUGUCAAUCCCAAAGCCCUGGAGAAGGUUCCAAAGAUGAUGCAAUGCUUGGAAACUGAGUUGCUUAAUCAAGGACAAAGCAACUCACCAAUUAUGGCUAAAACUCGUGAGAUUCGACAACUGUUGAGUGGAGGAUUGAGUGGUGGAUCCUCGAACAGGCAAGCGGACUUCAAUCAAUGCAGUGCCUCACUAAAGACGACACCUGAAUUGUGUAAAAUAAUAAAUCAUUUGCAAAACAUCAUCAAAUGCCUCAAACCAGACGUUCAAUGCAGUGGUUGUGACUUACAGUCGACAAUUAUGUGUCUGUUGGACAACUUGAAGAUGAUAAUUCAGUCGGGUUGUGUGGAUCCAAGUGCAUUAGAGAAGGUGGGCAGUGUGUUGAGGUGCUUGGAAGGUGAACUCUGCAAACAAUAUGAGGCAGCAUCAAGUCUUCUAGUCAAGGUGCGUGAAAUUCAGCAAAUGCUUAACAGAGGAAAUGGUUGUGGAGGCUCCAGUCAACAACGUUGUGGUGGCGGCGGCGGUUUUUAUGACACCUCCGCACUCAAGGAGACUCCCACUCUGCGUUGUUUGGUAGUAGAACUUCAAAAAAUUAUUCAAUGCCUUAAACCAGACAUUCAUUUUAAGAGCUGUGAUUUGGAGUCCACAUUUUUGUGCUGUUUAAAAAUUUUGCAAGACAUUGUUCCAUACCAAAGUCUCCAAUCCUCGGUUAUGGGAAAGGUGAAGAAGAUUUUGGAUUCGCUUGAAUGCGAGAUGUGUGAUCAAGGCCUGUUCCAGUCAAAUCUCCUAACAGCCAUCAUGGAUGUCAAACAGAUGAUUAGUAAUCAAAAAUCUGCUUUUGAUCCGACAUGUGGAGGUGAAAGUCUGGAAGAUGUUGUCAGUAGGACUGUAAAGACAAUGGAUGAAUGCAUUCGAGAGUUGGAAUAUGUUCUACGUGAUUUUGUGGGUAAUGGAGGAUGUGAACAGAAUGACAGAGGUCCUUGUUUUAGUGGCAAUAAUGACUGUCAUGCAUGA